CAUGGUUUAAAUCAUAUUUUCGGGAUAGAUUUAGGGAUUUUAGGUUUUUGUUAUUAAUAGAUAUAUGUUGUAUUGUUUUCAAAUUUCAGGUAUGGAGUUGGAGUUGCCUAAUCGUUUAUACGGUGAGGGAUUGGAACCUCAGGUUAAGAAGAUUAAUAACAGCUGCCGACUAAAACUUCUCGAGUUGCUAAAAGAAAAAAUGGAACCAGAAUUCGAUGAAGUUAUGAAAGAUCCCAUUUUUUCACAGAUUAUGGUUAUCCAGAAGAAUGAUCUGAAGUUUUCGGCGAGGUUGGUACACUCUUUUUUGUGUAAGGAGUUGAUGACAAGCAAGAGACAUGAGAAGUGGUUCACUUUCGCUAGGAGACCUCUGCGUUUUGGAUUGCAAGAGUAUCAUGCUGUCACUGGUCUGAAAGUGAAGCGAGAGAAUAACAGUGGGCUAGUGACAUGGAAAGACGAUAAUGGUUUUUGGAGCAAGCAGAUAAAGACAAAUGGAAAAAUAAAUUUGCAGAUCAUAAAAAAGAAGCAUUUGGAAGAGAGCAAUACCUGGACUUGGGUUGAUAGGGUGAGACUGAUAUAUCUUUGCGUUAUUAUGGGUGUGGUGAUGGGAAAGGAUGAGAAGGUGAAUAUCCCGCAUCUGUACAUGAAGUUGGCGAUGGAUUUGGAGAAGCUUCGGAAUUAUCCAUGGGGUCUGUAUUCGUUUGAUUUCCUUCUGAAGCAAAUUGAUAAAACAAGGCAUAAAUUAGAGCAGAAAGAGGGGUAUCUGAUGGAAGGAUUCUUGUUUGGUUUCCAAAUUUGGAUAAUGGAAGCUGUUCCUGCUUUAGGAGAGAUUUGUGGCACAAAAGUCAGUAAAGAUUUUACAGGUCCACUGUGUGGUAAUUGGAGAGGAUGUGCAAAAUGUUCUUAUGAAGAUAUCAUUGGCGUUGAGAACUUAUUCCCAGAAAACGGAAUUUUGCAUUCAUUCAUGGAAUCCCACAUAGAUGGAGUGGUCCUUUUGGCAACUGAUUUUGUACAGAAGGAUGAGAAGAAAGAUGAAAGAGUAGAUCGUAUUUUAGAUAUGAUCAAUAGUAAACAUGAUUGGAACAAUCAUGUUUGGGGAGUAAAAGAAGGUACGAACUCUGAAUUUGAGGAAUCUGGCGAAGAGAAAGGAGAGGAUCAAACAGCUGAUACUGAGAGAGGUGAAAAUAGUCAUGUUGCAGGGAAUGUUGAUGGCACAGCUGAUGUUUCGGGAAGAAACAAGAGAAAGCAUGCAGACCGAGGAGCAGAGUCAAGGAAAAAGAAUGUUUUGUGCCACCUAGCUGCUUCAUCAAAAGGAAAUAUUGACACAGAUAUGAAAAAUUUCUUGGAGGAUCUGGUACAAGCUUCUUUUACUGCUUUUGGGGAGAAAUUCUGUCAGCAGUUCUCGGACAGGUUGGGUAAGAUUGAGACUGAGGUUACACAACUCAGGACAGCUUCAGAGAGAACUGAGCAAUUUGAGACCGUUGUAACCGACAGAUUGGGGAAAAUUGAGGCUGAGGUUACACAGCUCAGGACAAGUUUAGUGGUGACUGAAUUGGUGGGAAAGAGUGAUCAAGCAAGCGGUCCUAGCUUGACCAAAAUCAACAGUGGUCCUAGCACCAGCAAAAAAGGAACUGCUCCAACAAAGAAAAAGGUAACUACUAAGAGAAAGAGUUAAAAGAUGUUGAAAGCUUGGAACUAGGCGAUGGAAUGUAGGUCUUUGAAGCUAGGUUUG